AGCCGGCGCGGCCAUGUUGUAUAUGAUUGCGGGGAGGGGGCACGGGGGUGUCUGAGAUACCGUUCAAUGCCUACGGACGGCGGCAUUCACGGGGGCGCGCACUCACCGUCGCCACAUUGCACUGGCUCGAAGCGAAUCCGGUUCCGAUCACAAUCACCCGCCGCGCUCGAUCACUGAUCCACCCGCCCCUCCCUCCGCACGCCACCGCUUGCCUUUCCGAGCUCCCAUGUCUCUCGCCGUCCGUCUCGAGAGCGCGUCCACCGAGUUUCAGAAGAUCCAGCUUGAGCUCCAAAAUGCCGUCGAGGCCCGCCAGCGGCUAGACGCCCAGCUCAAUGAGAACGAGCUCGUCAAGAAGGAGUUUGCGCAGUUGACACCAGACAAUGUCGUCUUUAAACAGAUAGGCCCUGCUCUCAUCAAGCAGGACCAGGCGGAGGCAAAGAGCAACGUCGAUACGCGACUGUCCUUCAUCCAAGCCGAGAUAAAGCGCGUAGAGGGGCAGCUGAAGGAUAUCCAACAGAGACAAGAAAAGAAGAAGGCUGAGAUUAUCGAGAUUCAGACAGCAAUUCAGCAGCAGCAAGCGCAAGCACCUGCGUCGUAGGCAUAUCCCACAUACCAUGACCUUCUUGCUAUACCCUGCGAUCGCCGCUGGUUUGCAUCGCGCGGGGACAACGUUGCUUCAAAACCCCAGCAUUGGCGGCGGCACCCUAUGCGCGACUACAAGACAAUCCUGGUGGAGAAAUGAUGUCGAAUCGAUUAUGUGCACUUGACACGGUCAGGCCAUUGAGAAGGUCGUAAUGCAGCGCGCCGCGGCCUGAAUCGCACUGGAAUUUAGCAUACUCAAAACAUGCAUUGGUCUGCUGCA